GAAUACCGACAUACUUCCUCUAUUAUGGUUAGAUACAUGAUCUUGACUUUAGUUGAGAUUUUUCAACUUUUCCAUAAAUUUUGGCAAUGUCAAACAUUAAUUGAUCACAGCACUUUAUUUAGAAACUCUAUCUAUAAUUCAAAUUGGUAUAACACAUCACUUAGGACAAAAAAAAUGUUGUACAUUAUGUUAAUUAAAUCUGAAAAGGUGUGUAAAUUAACAGGAGGAAAAUUCUUUGACAUGUCUUAUCACACUUUCGUUAAGAUUUUAAGCUCAGCAGCUUCAUAUUUCACAGUUUUAUCAACCAUAAAAUAAUUAAAUUUAAAAAUGAAGAAAACAGUGUUGUUACUUUUGGACAACGAAAUCGGCUAUAAUAUAACACAGGCACACAAAAGAAAAAAAAUUUCAAUUGCCAGGACUGCCAUAUGGUAGAUUUUCUUCCUUAAGGUGUAUCUAAAGAGAAAAACGUAGUCCAACCUAAAAGAAAGUUCGUGUUUUCUUUUUACAAAC